GUUUCUCUUUGGUUAGUUCGUCGUGGAAAGUUGAAGAGAGCGGUCGUGUACCAUGUCUGAAAGUUUUAAACUUGGUGAUCUUGUGUGGGCCAAGAUGAAGGGUUUCAGCCCUUGGCCCGGCCGGGUAGCUAUUCCUACCCCGGAGCUUAAGCCUCCCAAGAAGGCUACUAACGCCCAAUGCAUUUACUUCUUCGGCACCAACAACUAUGCUUGGAUCGAGGACAACAACAUCAAGCCGUACCAGGAGUUCAAGGAGCAGCUGAUUAAGUCCUGCAAGACUGCCGCCUUCAAGGAGGCAGUCAAUCAGAUCGAGGAGUUCAUCGUACAUCCGGAGAAAUUCGGUGACCUGGACGACCAUGCUCGUAAUGCCGAGGAAGAGUUUGACAAGUUGAAGGAUGUGCUCGAAGAAGAUGAGAAUCAAGAGGAGAAACCAGCUGACGAGGAGGUCGCUGGACCUGCUUCCGAGCCUACUACUUCUAAGAAAAAGAGUGCUACACCCAAGAUACGUUUGGGCAUUUCUAAGGUGAAGCCUAUUAAACGGUCGUCGUCAGCCGGCACCAAGUCGACUCCUCGCAAGAAGAGUAAGGCCAGUAUGUCUCGCUCCUACACGGACAUCGACGCAGCCAAUGAGAAGCCCUCGAUGCUGAACCACUCAUUCUCCAAGAAGUCCAGUCUGCUGCAUCGUCCAUCUAACAUUCUGCGUCCUGACACUCCGCCGUUGGACUUGGAGAAUGUGUCAGAGACUCUCCUGGAGAAGAACAUCCAAGCCAGCCAGAUGAAGUUUGGUUUCCUUGGCCUGGGCAUCAUGGGCAGUGGAGUGGUGAAGAAUCUGCUUAACUCUGGGCACAAGGUGGUCAUCUGGAACAGAACUGCUGCCAAGUGUAAAGACUUCGAGAAGGUGGGAGCGACGCUGGCGACGACACCAUGUGACGUGGUGGAAGAGGCUGACAUCACCUUUUCAUGUGUCGCAGACCCUCAGGCAGCUAAAGAGAUGGUGUUCGGAAAUUGCGGAGUGCUGCACUGUCCGUCCCUGGAGUCCAAAGGCUAUGUGGAGAUGACGUCGAUAGACUCGGACACGUCGCACGAUAUCGUCGAGGCUAUCAGCGGGAAGGGUGGCCGGUAUUUAGAAGCACAGAUCCAAGGAUCGAAAACGCAAGCAGAAGAAGGCACGCUGAUCAUCCUGGCGGCGGGCGACCGGUCCCUAUUCGAUGACUGCCAGUCCUGCUUCAAGGCGAUGAGCAAGAACUCCUUUUACCUUGGUAGCGACAUCGGUAACGCGUCGAAGAUGAACUCGGUGCUUCAAGUAGUGGGGGGCGUGUCCCUGGCCGCGCUAGCCGAGGGGCUCGCGCUGGCAGACCGCGCCGGCCUCAACCAGGCCGACCUACUCGACGUACUCGCACUCACUCCUCUCGCCUCGCCACACCUCAUACUCAAGGGACGAGCGAUGAUAGAGUCGUCGUAUUCGACACACCAGCCCCUAAUGCACAUGCAGAAGGACCUGAAGCUGGCGCUGGGUCUGGGCGACACGUUGGAGCAGUCGCUGCCGCUGACGGCGACGACCAACGAGAUCUUCAAGCACGCCAAGCGGCUCGGGUACGCCAACCACGACGUCGCCGCCGUCUACAUCAGGGCCAGGUUCUGAUCGCCCGACCCGCCGGGACCUUGCGAUUCUGAACACACCGACACUACUCACAACCUCACCACACAAUGAAAACUUCCAUUCUUCUAAUAUUUAUCAUGCAAGCCACUUUUGCAGAAUAUAAAAUGUUAAUCGUGACGCUAGUACAGUCACUAGGACUACAUCUAGCGAUGAAACUAGAAGAGCCAUUGUCCAGCUAAAAAUGGGAUGGUAAACAAAAUAUGUCUGUUUUUUAGACAUCAUUUUACGCUAUGUUAUAUGGAUUAGUAUAUAACAUUAAUUAGUGUCAUAUAUUCUGUAAAAGUUGCUCCAAAAUACUUGUGUAUUCUUAGGUCGUCGAAUCAUUUAAUGUUUUUUAACUGGUUUUAUGUAUUCAGUUUUAAAAUAUGAAUUAAUUUACCUAUGGUAUUGAUGAUUAGUGAUUUGUGCAUUUGAAAUCGAGGACAAUCACAGGGUACGGUUAUUGGAUGUUUUAGUUCAUUAUUUUUUUAAAUAAAUAAUAAUUUUAUUUUCUAUAUAAUUAGUCUCAUAAUCUCGGCUCUAAUGUUGCAAUCAGAAUAAAUAUUUUUAUUAAUAAAUCGCUUUGUGAAUAGAAAAUCGAAUGACCAAUCUCUCCUCGCUAAUCGAUGUUUAUAUUUUUAUCAAUGUCUUCUCAUGUUAGAUCGCAAGAAUUCUCAUUGUAUCUUUCUGUGUGCUGUGUACGAGGGUGACGAAGUGAGAAUCGUGUGAUGUAGUGUUCCCAGGAACUGUUGUGUUGGACUUGAAGCGUUGUAUUACAGCGUGUGUUUAUAUGUAAGUGUUUUAUCACAGGGUGGGCGAGGAUAGCUCUCUCACUCAUUGACUGACUAUAUCGUAUUCAUUAAUUACCUGAACUCAAGUUACUUGGGGCCAGCACAGUGUGACUUCCACUAUCACACCAGUUUCUUUACUUGACUACCCCGCAAUAAGUCCUAAAUAUGAGGAAUGCUCAUGUGAUCUGAGAGAGCUAUUGUCUUCACUCUGUGCUACCUACAACUCCAUGUGCAAAUGUUUUAAUCAGAUUAUAUAAAUAGAAAUAAAGAGAACAAGUAACAGCACAAUGUUGCCGUACCACUCUAUUUGUGUUUUAGAGUAACAGAUGUGUACGACAUUAUAAAUUCGUUGUUGUAUUAGCAAAUUAUAAGAUUAUAAUACAUUAGCAGUUCAGAAAUAGAUGUUGUGAGAGCUCAGAAUAAUUUGAUGUAACUUCAAUGUUGUGUAGUAGUGAAUUCGCUGUCACAGAGCCGUAAGCGUCCCGCAUAGCAACAUUCAAUUAACUUUAUUGUGGAAAUGUUAAUAUAAGACAAUUUAUUAGUUAAGUCACAAUGCAACGUCUGUUUAUUUCAAUAAACGGUUUACACUAAUACCUUCUCAUUUUAUUGUAGACUUCAAAAUAAAUCAAUCGGUGAUCGAUUGAUAAAGUAUUUUAUGACUGGGAAUUUUUCCUAUAUGGAGCCCUUCUUUUUUAUAUCAAAAAUUAUUAAAUAUAAGAGAGUAUGCAUUAAAUUGAUGUUUCUUUUACUAUAUAGUAAGUUACAAUUUUAAUGAAAAACACAUACAAAUCUUUCCUGUUUUCUUGGUUUUAGUUUAAGAUAUCAAAUGGACGUAAAUGAGUUUUAGAAUCAUUCGAGCACAUUGUGCAGUGUAUGUGUUGGGAGGUUUAUAUGUUGAU